CUCGUAGCGUAUACCACUGUCAAAUUAGGUGGGCAUUUUAAAUAACGAGUUUAAAUAGAGGUUAUUGUUGCUCGUAUCAUAUUUCAAAAUAAAAUUACAAUGUUAUUAAUAUUUAUUAGAGGAUGUUUUCCACAGGAAGUUUUGUUUUACUGGUGUUUCUUUCACCCCAUUGGUACGGCCGCCCCGGGUUUUCCUGCUUUACGACGGAAAAAGGCAUCGAUUAAAGAUGGCGGACGCGGGAGGAGGGGAGAGGCAGAACGAAAAGUCGUUUGACAGUAAUGAUGCGAGAAACGCGUCCGGUGUGAAAGUGAUAUCGGGAGAUUGCGAAGGGGACAAGCGGGGCUCAGGGUGUAAGCAAGGUGCUGUGGAGAACAUGUCGACGACGGAGUACUGCAGGAGGCUGCAGGGCUGGAUGUGGCAGUACUACAGCGGCUACGUGGGCUGGCUGAGCUGGGCGUCCGCGCCGCCCUUCUUCGCCUUCCCUCCCUUCGUCCCGCCACCGCAGCUGUCGGUGAGCAGCGAGGACCCCGGGGUGCCGGAUCCCCGUCUCUUCCCUUUCUUUAUGCCGAGCUCCUUCGCGGCCUCGCCCGGCAGCGGCACUGCCAGUGGCAGCAGUGCUGCGGCGGCGGAUGCCGGGGCCGCCGGGACUCCGGGAAGCAGCGACACGAGGCCCGGGCAGCAGCAGCAUCAACAACAACAGCAGCAACAACAACAACAACAGCAAUUAAAUCGGAACGCCCAGCAAGCAGCAGCAGGCCGGGAGUUCUCCAUCCCCUCUCCUCUGCAGAGAUUUGUCGCUGAGAUGGUGGAUUUUUUCAUUCUCUUUUUUAUCAAGGCUACCAUCAUCCUCAGUAUCAUGCACCUGAGUGGGAUGAAGGACAUUUCCAAGUUUGCAAUGCAUUUCAUUGUGGAGGAGAUAGAUGAGGACACUUCCAUGGAGGAGCUACAGAAGAUGAUGCUGGUUGCACUCAUUUACAGAAUACUGGUGUGCUGUUAUGAGAUAAUUUGUAUCUGGGGGGCUGGUGGAGCUACCCCAGGAAAGUUUCUUCUUGGCCUCAGGGUUGUCACGUGUGACACUGCAGUCCUGGUACGACCCAAUCGGGUUCUGGUGGUGCCUGCUUCUAAUGUCAAAUUUUCUGCAUCCACGGUGCGAGCCUUAAACAAGAACUUCUCCAUUGCCCUCUUCUUCCCAGCUUUCAUCACAUUGCUCUUCUUUCAGCACAACAGAACUGUGUAUGACAUCGUUGCUGGUACAAUUGUGGUCAAGCGCAAUGGGGCCAGGUGACCGGGAAAAGUAUUCUAACAGGGUCUUUUUUGGAACCACUCUUUAGCCAUGUAUUUAAGCAGAUAUGGAAGCGCUAUGGAUUUUCCAGUUCCUGGAGAUGCUGGAUUAAUGGAUUGGGCUGAAGUGAGAAAUGGAAGAAGCUGCAGAAGAUCCAUCUCGUGUGCUGCUGGAAGAUGAAGUGAAUAAGUUGCCAAAGGGUGCUAGGGAUUGAUUCAUGUGGUCCCUGGUCACCUGCAGGUGGUUUUUUCUGCUGCAGCAUUUCAUAUUUACCUGUAUUGCAAAGCUGAUUGACACUUUCUGCUAUGAAAAAUGCUUGCAAGAUCUCUAAAAAUUCAUCAGGUGUUUAAAAAUGUGGAAUGAGCUUUUUGUUUGGUAUCAACUUUGAGAUUAAAAGAAUUGUCUUACCAUUGGUUGCUAACAAGGUUUUAUAUAAAAAUUCUUGACAUUUGUAUGAAAUGUUUAAUCUCUAUGUACAGGACUGAUGUUAACAUAGUUGAUGCAUGAUAUGAACGUCUAUCAACUUAAAGUAUUUGUGACUUAAUUUUUUUUUUUUUUAGUGUGAAAAGAACCAGUGACAGGAUUAAAAAUGUAAUUUUAAACUAUUCCCGUUUUUGCAUGGUAAUACUUCUGACCAAAAGACUGCAACAAAACAGUAAUACCCUGGAAAGUGCUGCUUUGCUAUAGCUCUUUUGUGUUGGAGCCCUGUAAACAUAAACUGUAAAAAUUCAUAAACGUAUUCGAAAUUCACAAGGUGCAACAGUUUGCUUAAAGUGGUUGUGUAUGUUCUCGCAGUCACUCGGACAACGUCGUGUGCGCUCGCAUCCAGCCUGCGGUAGAUGUUGUGUUCUUACAUCAGCUAGUUAGCUGUAGCUGUGACAGCAGGACACCUGACAAGAGUGCAGUCUUCCACACUCAUGGAAGAAAAACAUUUCCUUGUUGUUCGAUCUUCCACACCCAUUGUAAUCUGAAUUUUUUUGCUUUUUCAGUGCAUGUAAAGAUCCUUUAUGUAUUCAGUGACCGAGCGAGGCAGGUUCGUCAGAAUAGACGUACAGUACUAUGCCUAUUUACUUUAACACUCACCUUCUGCCUCAUUGACAGCUAAGGCUUUGUUAGUCAUCAUUUUUCACAUUUGUUUCAUUAUACAGUUCAAAACAUACUGCAUCAAAUUACCAUAUUACACCAGUUCCUCCUGUAAUGAGGUUAAUCUGUUCUGUGAAAUCACCACAUUAAAUCAAUUUCCCAUGUGAAGGGGUUGAAUUUCUUACAGAAAAAAAAAAUUGAUUAAUGGGUCAAACUGUCACCUAAAAUUUUCUUAAGUAUUUUUAUGCAUGAUGAUGGAAGUACCAAUAUAUUUAAUAAAUUAUUUCUAUCUUGUGUUAAUGUUAUAUUUUCAGUCAUUUGUGAGUAACCACUUGUCCAGUUCAUGGUUGUGGAGGUCCAGAGCACCGCAUACACAUGAGACAGUGUGCACCCUGAAUGGAGACAUGAUCACUAUAGGCUCACUGGUUCAGGGUCGUUGUGGUCCAAAGCCUCUCUUGUAAACAUAAGGCACGAAGCACAGAAUACUGUGUAUGACUGCUCCUGUCCAUCCAAGUUAUCUUUUAUUAACUUAAUGUACUACAUUCAUCAGCAUCUGCCCACUUUGUUUUAUUAUCUGUACACUAACAUAUUGUUUUUAGGAACAUCUUGUCUUAUUUGCUGGAUCGGUUCUGUAAAUGUCAUUGAUGCAGCUAUAAUAAGCUAUUUGAAAAAUACUGAAAAAGGCUAAAAUAAAAUGACUUAUUUAUUAAUCUGGUUUCACAUCCCUACUCUAGAUGCAUUUUACAGCCACAUAACAUCUAUAGAUGGGCAAUUUUUUGAAAGUUGAGAAGUAAAGAAAAUAGAAUUAAAAAUUAACCUAACUUUAAAAACAUGUAAGUUAAACUC